AUGGUCUUGGUCACCAUGAUGAUGUGGCUGCCUCUUCCGACCCUCAACACUCAGGAAUGCAAGGAAGGAUGUUUCCGGGCAGCAACGUUGUCAGACGUUUCCCCCCCCCCCCCCCCCGUUCUCCAAGUUAUCCGAAACCGGCCCAACGAUAAGAGCGAAGAUGGCAAUCAGUUCUUCUCAUCUCACGGUGACGGAGACUCAAGGUCGGACUAG